CCCACUUUGCAGUACUUGCAUAUCUCGCUGAGUGGGUUUGAGGGCUACAAUUCUUAUUUUCUUAUGUUAAGAGGUUGCAUUUCCCUUAUCUCGCCCUAGUGAUUCUAUGCUGUGGUUUCUUGUUCUCAUCUCGUUUAUUCUAGUGAGACAUGUCUCUUCUUUCAUACAACUGUGCAAUAUGACAACUUAUCACAGUGAUUGGUUCUCAUAUACUAUAGAGCCUUAGAGAAGGAACAAGACUUUCUUCUGACGGAGGAAGAUUUUUUUUUUUCUUGAUAUGGCUUCGGAAAUCACUUACGCAGAAGUGAAGUUCAAGAAUGAAUCCAACUCCUUGCACACCUACUCAGAAUCUCCUGCAGCUCCCAGAGAGAAACCUAUCCGUGAUCCAAGUAAGCCUGGUUCCCCCUCACUGCUUCUUACAUCCCUGAUGGUACUUCUCCUGCUGCUGGCAAUCACUUUCUUAGUUGCUUUUAUCAUUUAUUUUCAAAAGUACUCUCAACUUCUUGAAGAAAAAAAAGCUGCAAAAAAUAUAAUGCACAAUGAAUUGAACUGCACAAAAAGUGUUUCACCCAUGGAAGACAAAGUCUGGAGCUGUUGCCCAAAGGAUUGGAAGCUAUUUGGUUCCCACUGCUACUUGGUUCUCAGAGUUUCUUCAUCAGCAUCUUGGAACAAGAGUGAGGAGAACUGCUCCCGCAAGGGUGCUCAUCUAGUGGUGAUCCAAAGCAAAGAAGAGCAGGAUUUCAUCACUGGGAUCCUGAAGAAUUAUGAUUCUUAUUUUAUAGGGUUGUGGGAUACAGGCCAUCGGCAAUGGCAAUGGGUUGAUCAGACACCAUAUGACGAAAGUGUCACAUUCUGGCACAAUGGUGAGCCCAGCAGUGACAAUGAAAAAUGUGUUACAGUAAAUUACCGUCGGAAUAUUGGAUGGGGCUGGAACGAUAUCCCUUGCAGUGUUGAAGAGAAAUCAGUUUGUCAGAUGAAGAAAAUAAACUUAUGAAUCACACAUUCUUCAUGGGCAUUCGAUUUCAUUGUUAUCCACCAUUACAUGGACACNUGGGAAAUUCUACAGGUGGAAGAGCUGUUCACAGAAUUUAAGUGGGCAGCAAAUGGUUAUGCAUACGCUGGCCCACAUAUAUCCUUGUGCAUUUACCCACCUAUUCUGUCAUAAAAUGAACUUUCAUUGAGAAUUUUCUAUAUACCACACAGUAUACAGAGUCCCUUUUGGGCACACAUGGAACUUUUUUGCCAUCUCAUUUACUCAUGCCAUUGUAUGAUAGGUUCUCUUGAUCUAUCUGUUUCUGUUUCUCUGUUUUUUUUUUUAAAUGUCUUUGGAUUUAUUGACAUUAAAUUGAGAAGUAAAAUUAUAAAUAUUUAAGUGUCUGGAUUGAUACACACAGAUAUGUACUAUGAAAUAUAAUUAAAUAUUUACUGUCAAA